GGAGGAGAAGGAGGAGGGGGCGAGGCUUGCGGCGCAUGGGGAGGGGGCGCCCCCGGCCGCAGCAUCCCCGGCGGCAUGGGAGGAGAGGGCAGCGCGGCAGGGAGCCGCCCGCCGGGCCCCGGCGCUGUCGGCGGCGGCGCAGCAGCGGCGGCGGGGCCGAGGGGAGGGAGGGAGGGGUCCGGCCCCGUGCGGUCGCGGCGGAGCCGGCGCUGCGGCAGCAGCAGGCGCGGCGGGGCGGAAGUCCUUUGUUGCAGCGCUGCCAGCAGCACCAGCAGCAGCACCGCCAGCAGCAGCAGCAGCAGCACCGGCAGCACUGGGAGAAGCGCUCGCAGCACGGGCAGCUCCCCUUCGGCCGCCGCUACCGCCUCGCCCCGCGGGGCUAUAAUUGAAGUACAAGAUGGCAAGAACCAGCCACAGCAACUAUGUCCUUCAGCAGCUAAACAACCAAAGAGAGUGGGGCUUUCUGUGUGACUGCUGUAUUGCUAUCGAUGAUAUUUAUUUUCAAGCACAUAAGGCAGUCCUUGCUGCAUGCAGCUCCUAUUUUAGGAUGUUUUUUAUGAACCAUCAACACACUACAGCCCAGCUGAAUCUAAGCAACAUGAAGAUUAGCGCUGAAUGCUUUGAUCUUAUUUUACAGUUCAUGUAUUUAGGAAAAAUUAUGACAGCCCCUGCCAAUUUUGAGCAAUUUAAAGUGGCCAUGAACUAUUUACAGCUAUAUAAUGUACCUGAGUGUCUAGAAGAUAUACAGGAUACAGACUCAUCUAGUUUAAAGUGCUCAUCUUCUGCUUCUAGCACCCAGAAUAGUAAAAUGAUAUUUGGCGUGAGAAUGUAUGAAGACACGCUCACCAGAAAUGGCAGCGAAGCAAACAGGUGGGGCAUGGAGCCGCCAAGUUCAACAGUUAAUACAUCCCAUAACAAAGAGCCCGAUGAAGAAGCUUUGCAGCUCGGCAGUUUCCCCGAACAACUGUUUGAUGUCUGCAAAAAAAGCACCACCUCCAAAUUCUCUCACACAAAAGAGCGUGUGUCCCACUCGCGCCGUUUUGGAAGAAGCUUCACCUGUGACAGCUGUGGGUUUAGUUUUAGCUGUGAAAAGUUACUGGAUGAGCACGUGCUAACGUGCACUAACAGGCAUUCGUACCAAAGUGCCAGGUACUACGGUGCUGAAAAACUAGACUUUAGUGAAAAGGACUCUACUUCUAAAAUAAUCUCUACGCAAACAGAAAAAUACAAAGGGGACUCGAGCCAAGCUGCUGAUGAUUCUUCGUCUCCUGUGUCCAAUGUUACAAGCAGGAAAAGCAGCACAGUUGCAUCAGAGACCUCAGGUGAAGAAGGAAGUAGAGCCUCUGAGAGGAAGAGGAUUAUUAUCAAGAUGGAACCAGAGGACAGUCCUGCAGACGAGCUGAAAGAUUUUAAUAUUAUUAAAGUGACAGAUAAAGACUGCAAUGAGUCUUCUGACAAUGACGACCUAGAUGAUGAGCAGGAAGAGCCGCUUUACAGGUACUAUGUUGAGGAGGAGAUCAGAGAGAAAAGAAAUGCUCGGAAGACUUUAAAACCCCGUUUAUCCAUGGAUGACGAUGAAAGAAAGUGUUUACAGAGUCCACGGCACCUUAACAGGAAAGCUCCUUCAGUACAGGAAGACGUGGAGAACGCUCCCUGUGAACUUUGUGGGCUAACAAUCACCGAGGAAGAUUUGUCCUCUCAUUAUUUAUCCAAACACAUAGAAAAUAUAUGUGCCUGUGGUAAGUGUGGUCAAAUACUGGUCAAAGGCAAACAGUUACAAGAUCAUGCACAGACCUGUGGGGAACCCCAGGAUCUGACCAUGAAUGGUAUCAGAAAUUCUGAGGAAAAAAUGGACUUGGAAGAAAACCCUGAGGACCAGUCAGAAAUAAGGGAGAUGAUGUUUGCAGAGAUGAUAGAGGACUUCAGGGACAGUCAUUUCCAAAUGAACAGCCUUCAAAAAAAACAGUUAUAUAAGCAUUCUGCCUGUCCUUUCCGAUGUCCUAAUUGCGGUCAACGUUUUGAAACUGAAAACCUAGUGGUUGAACAUAUGUCAAACUGCCUAGAGCAAGAUCUGUUCAAGAAUUCCAUGAUGGAAGAGAAUGAGAGAGAUCACAGACGUAAGCAUUUCUGCAAUCUUUGCGGGAAAGGAUUUUAUCAGCGUUGUCACUUGAGGGAACACUAUACUGUUCAUACCAAGGAAAAACAGUUUGUUUGUCAGACAUGUGGGAAGCAGUUCUUAAGAGAGCGCCAGUUGCGGCUCCACAAUGAUAUGCACAAAGGAAUGGCCAGCCUGCCACGCCUCAUCCCGAGAACCUAGGAUUUCAGAAGUGUCCAGUAUCUUUGAUUUUCUUUAGUGAAAUAGGGACUUCUAAGCUUCUGAACAACUGAGAGAACCAGGUUUGAAGAAGACAUGAGGAAGAACUGGUCGGCAAAAGAUUUCAUAAAAACUCAGAACCGCGUGUGCCAGAUCUGCAUUGGCACCACCUUUGCUUUUUUGACAUACUGCAGCAGUCGCAAAAGGCACCAAAGCAGUCAAAUUAGAACAUUCAGUAAAAGUCGUUUGGGACUCUUCUCUGUGUUACAAAAAUUUACUUCCUUGUGACUAUUAUUUACACCUGUCAAAAACAAAUUUGAAGUCUCUUUCAUGGAGCAGACAGCCAAAAGAGACAGAUGCCAGGUAUCGAGGGCUGCACUGAAAUGAGCUUGCAGAAUUUGCUAUUCUUAUGCUGCAGCACUGCUUAUACAAAAUGUGGCUUAUUAGGAUUUCUGUCAAAAGCUGUUUAGACUUUUUAGCUUAAAUAUUAAAAGUAUAUACUCAAGAAUUAAAACUUACGCAUUUUCAGACAGUUACAAUGCUAAGCUAUCAAGUGUUAGAAGAGAGAAAAAAUGUUUUAGUCUGAACUACAAGGUCAAAAAAAAACUUAAAAACUGAGCACAAAGUGCCCUGAGGAAGGCCAGGAUGUUGAGAAAGAUCCAGCUGACCAGAUUCCCCUUGCUGCCAUGAUCAUCAUUUGCAAGCUGAAGAGGACCUUCCCUGGAGCUCAGUGCUUGUAUGUGGAGAGUAAAGAAAUGGUGCUCUGGUCUUAUUACAAGAAUGGUGAAAAAUUGUGACCAACAAGGAGAUGAGUAAACGUGAAAUAACCUUCACAGGGCACAGUGUGCACAAUGUUCUGGAUCUAAGCCUUGCAAAAGCUGGUUUGAAGAAGAAAAUCAGGCAUUCAGUUUCAGAUUUGAGUAUUGUAGGAACCCUGAUAUUUCCAGCCAAAUUUAUGGAAAACAAACGAGCAAACAAAACAAAGCAAGGCAGUAAAUGUUUCAAAUUAGGGCCAGAACGGCUUAAAAAGUAUUAAUUUAUUUUGCUUCUCCAAACAACAGUGGAUCAGUUUGAGACAUGUAAGCAGACUAAACAUGCUGAUCUAUAUUCUGCUCUAGUUAUGCAUCUUACUAAUUCUACUCAUGACUAUAAAAGGAUGUUUCAUUGUUCAGUACAACUGUUAUCUCAAUAAGUCUGUCUACAGUUUUAUUUAUAAUCAGCAUUAUUUUCAUUACUAUUGUUAUGAAGUGUGUACAAUAUUGUCUGUAUUGCAGCUUGUAUAGGGCAUAUGUCUGUGCUUGCUUUACUCUUUUUGAGUUUAUAAAGUUGCUAUACAAACGCAAGAAAAGAUGUUCAGAUAUCUUUGAAUGUGGUUGCUUAAUCUGAUUACGUAGCCCCAGACAUUUCAGCAUUUAGGUGUUUAAGUUAUCAGCAGUAUUAACACCAAACAUCUUAAACAUAAACAGGAACUUUAACAGCCUUCAGUACCAUAGUGGAACGCUGACCCUUCUGUCCCAGUUGCUGUGCUGGAGCUAUGGGGAAGACAGUGAUUAUGUAGAACAUGCAAGACACCACUGGGGAGUCCUCAGGGAGAAGGCUCAGCACAGCUGGGGACUCUAACAGAAACUCUGACAUCCUUUCUGUAGAGAACAGGAAGCACCCUUGCAGUAGCACCACCACCACGCAGAGGAGAGAAGGGAACUAUGUUUAUAACAUCACCUAAAGACAGGCCUGGAAGUAUUGAGACAAAUCUUGCUUUUUAUUUUUUAUUUUUUAUUUUUAUUUUUUUUUUAUCCUUAAGCAUAGGACAUCUAGAACAGGCUGUUACUGUUCUGUAACUUAGCAAUUAUUUGUAGCUUGUGUAGACUAUCAGUGAAGACAUUCCAGGUUAGUUUUCAUCACCUUUAAAGCUUAAUCUGUGCUUUGAUACAGUAUCUUAAAUAAAAUUUUCUUACAAGUC